GAGAGAAGAAGAAAGUAAAGGAAAGGAAAGGAAAGAAAGAGAUUACAAAAGGUGAAUUGGUGAGAAAAACUUUUUGUUUAAAAAACAUUUAAUUACAAAAAGAUACAGAAAGAUUUAGAAGAACCAAAUGAAAGGUGGAUGGAUCAGUUUACAGAAAAAAACCAUUUAAGAAAAUUAAAAAUGAUAAAAACGAUGAAAUGCUUCAAUUGAUGCAAAAAAACAUUAGAUAAUGGUUAAGAUAAUCGAGUUGAAUCGAGCAUAGACGAUAAAUUCAAGUAAGGGAAUGUAAUUGGGAAGGGACCAAAAAGGGAAUUUAGGCGUUAAGAGCCACAGUGUCAAUGCCAACGCAGUCAGAAGAUCCAUUACCAUUGCCGUAGUAGACUUGAUAAACUUGCUUAUCGCUGGCAACAGGGCAGGCAACAGGGGAAGUGCCGUUCAAUUGGAGCUCGUAGCCAAUACUUAUGACCUUGUUAGCAUCGAAGCCUGACAGAGGAGAGCCAGAGGAUUGGAAAACAAGAGCUCCAUCCUUGUCAAGAGAAGCUGUCUCGUUGUUAUGGAGUAAUUGAGAGUCCUUGAGGCUGAACUUUCCGUAACCCUCAGCGUUGUCAUAUUGGCUCAAAUAGACGUGACCAGAUUGACCAACAUAGAAUUCAUGUAGGUGGACAUUAGCGUUACCAGAGUGAAUACUCAAAAUACCGAAUGAUUGCUCUGGAGACAUGGCCUGCUUAGAAAUAGGAGAAGCCAAAGUAGAGGUGGCUCCAAGAAGAGCGAGGAAAACUGAAGAGAAAGACAACUUCAUUUUUGUUUUUGAAAAUGCUAAAGUGAAUAUGUUUUUUAAAUAGAUCAAAAAUGCUAAAAUGCCAAUAAGGAUAUAAACGAUGAAUUCUUUUUCGACGUGUUUGUCAUUUUGCAAGGAAUUCCCAGCCUUUAAAUAGCUAUUGCAGCUAGAAACCAUCCGUCAUAGGAAUCAUUGCAUCCUUACGGACCAUACCACCAACCGAAGAAGGAAAAACAUCAACAAACGUGAAGAACGAACCAAAGGCCGCUUGUCAAGCCAUCAGGUAUUAACCCGAGUUCAGAUGUCAGGCAUAACGGUCGGAGCUAGAAGGAGUAAACAUCUUUUUGGUGGUGAUGACUUCAUCAUCUGGUGAGUCAAAAUCGAUGAGCUGUCCUAAUUUUCCAAAGUCCGUAGCAACGAUGUUUCUAUCCCCGCAGGUUACCUUACCGGUCCAACGAACGUACAGCAUGAAACUGACAUGUAUACGAUUGGUAAUUUAAAAGCUCCUCAAGAGAUGUAUCAACAACGUGAAAAGGGGGUGGCUCAUUAUUUGUAAUUUUAGAACAGACGUGAUGUGAAACAGCAAACAUAUGUACCGAGCUUCAAACGAAUCGCAUAACUAGCUGUGGUACCAGAGCUGGCUAUCAUCCCGCGCAACGCAUGAUGAGCUAGCUCUGUAUGGCAAAACAACGGUAUUGCAUACAGCAGUGGGGCUUAGAUGGAAUCCCAGUGCGCUUAACUUUUAUGUAAGACAAGUCUCGAGACUGUAAGUGAACCCCACAGAAAGCAUGGCUGGAAAGGUUUGUAUGGAACGUACGAACGAGGAGUGACAUGUUAAUUGUUAUCGUUACGUCAUAGCCGGUUAGAUCGUUAAGAUUAUUGAUAUUACACAAUGACAAAAUUGAAUUAUAUUAGCGAUUAUUAGUUAAUGGACAUAAAGUUAAAGGAUCUUCGCAUAAUACUAAGUAAACAAAAUACUAAAGUGAUACAGAUAAAAAAGAGUAAGUGAGAUUGGAAAUGGAAGCAUAAGAUUAUGGAAUGAAAAAAAUAAUUUAAAAAUUCACUUAGAAAAGUUUCACGAGUCUACAGUAGAAGACUUUAGGUUGGAAGAUUCGAUUGGUCUGUCUGGCUUAAGAUCGCUUUUCCGUAUUCCAGUUCGUGAAGUAGGUACUUGGACAUUACUAGCGUCUGACCAAUUUACGUAUAUAAAUGAUGCAGCUAGAGUUGUUUAUUCCAUCUGAAAUACGAGAAAUAUACAGCUUGAGAAUCCUGCCCUGACACUGAGUCUUAAAUUCUACAUACUGAAUAUUACGCAUUGCAUAUAACAAUAACGAGUAUAUUACUUUGAAAGGGAAAUGGGGUCAAAAACUGAUGAUACGUAUAUUGCUUUGUUUUUGGAUAAAGUAUAAACAUAUAGCCCGUCUGUUUUCACCACAAUCUUUUCAACUUAGCCAGGUUGCAAGAAGAUGGCUUCUAAAAGUCUAAGUCCAAGUCCAAACCCAAGUUCAGAAUCAGGGUCAAAUCCAAGUUCAGGGUCAAGGUCAAGGUCAAGUUCAAUGUCAGGCCCAUAUAGAGCUUCUGAAAUUAGGAUAGAUGAUCUUUACAAUUAUGAAUGGAUUUUGACUGGUGUUGAUCGUGAAUAUGACGGUAAGAUUAUCGUCUAUGUCGUCUAUGAAAAGGAUUCUUCAUUCACUAGUAACUAUCUCUUCUAUGUUCAUAUUGAAGAGGAAAGACCUUGUUGGCAACUAGUUAUGCGUGAAGCUAUUUUUGCCUGCUAUAGUAUUAUCUGUCAUGGUGGUGAUUUUAGGGAAAUCAGGUUUCCAGGCAUAAGAAUCACUAGACGACCUGAAUGGUUACGACGUCUUCAUUAAUGUUACUGAAUGACUCUCGAGAUGAAUGACCAUUUUAAUGGAGGAAUUGUUAAAGAGUGAAAAAUUUCAAUUUUGUGGUUUAGUAAUGGUAGCAUUCGUAUUGAGAAAGUGUUGCCAUACACGAUGUUUAAUUAAAAAUAAAAAAUUACUCUUUUCUUAGAAUACACAAGGCAGAGAACAUACUAAAAGACAU